AUGAGCCUGACCUCGCGAGUGUUCGGCCUGUUCUCGACGACGGCGACUUCGGACUCGACCGCGACAGCACAAACCCCAGCGCCUUUGGUUCACAAUGAGAUAGGCGUUGCCGGUGCCACCCGGCAUGCCCGGAUUACCCAUAUGUUGGAGGAGGAGGAAGACGAGCCCCGUCCGCCGUAUCUUCAUGCAAUGCUAGCGGGUGGAACUGGAGGAACAUGUGGUGAUAUGUUGAUGCAUUCGUUGGACACCGUCAAAACCCGACUACAAGGCGACCCGAAUUUCCCUCCUCGGUACACCUCGAUGACCUCGUCAUAUGCGACUAUUUAUCGACAAGAAGGCUUCUUUCGUGGGUUAUACGGUGGAGUAACACCAGCGGCGCUGGGCUCUUUUCCCGGCACGGUGGUGUUCUUCGGCUGUUACGAGUACACGAAGCGGGCGAUGAUCGAUGCGGGCAUCAACCAGAACAUCGCAUAUCUAUCUAGUGGUUUCCUUGCGGAUUUGGCGGCUUCCGUUGUUUAUGUGCCAUCGGAGGUCCUAAAGACUCGACUACAAUUACAAGGGCGAUACAACAAUCCACAUUUCAAUUCAGGCUACAAUUACCGCGGCUUGACGGAUGCCUUCCGAACGAUCAUUCACCAAGAAGGCUUCUCAGCGCUGUAUCACGGUUACAAAGCCACGAUCUACCGUGAUCUCCCAUUCUCUGCGCUGCAAUUUGCCUUUUACGAACAAGAGCAAAACCUGGCGAAGCAAUGGGUCGGUCAGCGAGACAUUGGGCUGAGCUUGGAAAUUCUGACGGCAGCCACUGCCGGUGGAAUGGCCGGCGUGAUUACUUGCCCAUUGGACGUGGUUAAAACGCGCAUUCAAACUCAGCAGAACCCUCCGUCAAACUCCACCGGGUCAUGUGGUGCGAAGUCCUCGGGCGAUCACAUCCCUAAGGAAAGCCCGCGGCCCCAUGCACCGAGUCCGUCCCAGUCUCACGCGUCGUCGAGGGCGCACUCGCGGCCAAUUUCCACCUCAUCGCCCUCUACAUCGGUCAAUCCUCCUGGAGCCCCACGGCUGGACACAUCAUCCGUGUUUACGGGACUGAAGAUGAUCUACCGUACCGAGGGUCUUGCGGGGUGGUUCCGCGGCGUGGGCCCACGGGGUGUGUGGACCAGCAUUCAAAGCGGAACCAUGCUAGUGAUGUACCAGUAUCUCCUCAAGCAACUCGAAAUUUACCACGGCUCUCUGGAUGAGAGCCAGCUGUUGUGA